UUUCUAGUGUAGCGUUGUGUGUCACCGUGCAGGCAAAAGGCUCGAUUUCUGGAGUUGCCCAGCUAUUUAACAAUACUGUUAACUUAAAAAAGGAAUUAAUAAAAGACUGUUAAAACAAAGCAUGCUGCAAGCAACACAACAUAUCCAUAUUGAACGUAGCCACUGAGACUGAGUGAGACUACUUGUACCCACCAUGGCUUUCCCCUCUCGAGUGAUCAGAACUUACGGACGACACAAGAAGCGAACAAUUGCAGCCAAUGUCUGGAUCUCUCCUGAGAAUGAGACCAAGUCACAGCAGCAUGUUUUCAGCUCACCUGAGUUGUGUGACUUCUCAAUUGAUCUGAACACAGAUAGUCACUCCUCUGCACUCACUAAUAGUAACAGUAAUGAUGAUAAGAAUAAGAGCAUCUUUGAGAUUUCAUCCGAUGAUGAGUGGAUUCCUCUUAAGAGAGAUGCCAGGCAAACCAAGAAGGCGCUCAAGGGGAGACCUGGCAAUAAUGAGCAGCCACGGACUAAAUCAACUAGAGCAGGUUUGUCAAGAAAAGUAGCGACUGGCAAAGAAAAUCUUGUGAAUUCAAAGGAAACUGUGAGGGACCUUCCACCUACAGCUGGAGAUUCAAAGGAAACUGUGAGGGACCUUCCACCUACAGCUGGAGGAAGGAAGUUUACCAAGCUGAGUCGAAAAGGACGUGGGAAAAAUGGGUCUAAAAAUAAGGGGGAUGUAGAGACGACGGAGGUGAAACCUGAAAAUCAAAAGUUAACAAACUUGUUGACUCGUUUUGAUUUGAUUCAUUCACCAAUUGAAAGAAGCUCGCAAUCAUUGAGCAAACGAGGACGAACAGAUACGCUGGAUUGCAUUUUUGACACAAGCUGUGAUCUCUUUGGCUACUCAGCUGAUGACACUAAUUGUAGUGGUAAAGAUAGGGUUACCAGGACAACCUCAGAGGAAAGUGUCUUUGACUCGCCAAUGACAUCGUUGUGUACAGGAAAGAAAGGUAGUGUUGAAACCAGUACUCCAAUAGGAUUGUAUGUCAACCCAUCAAUACCCCACCAACUAAAUGAAUGUUCAGUUAUUCAGUCAGGAAAGCCAGUAACAAGAUCCAGCAUUGCUAAAAACGGUAACUCACAUGCAAGAAUUGGCCGUGUUAGUCAUCACAAAGCAAACUGCAGGUGUGGAACAUGUAAACUGAAAUAUGAAGAUAACUCACAUGCAAGAAUUGGCCGUGUUAGUCAUCACAAAGCAAACUGCAGGUGUGGAACAUGUAAACUGAAAUAUGCAGAUACACUAGACCUGUUUGAUCUUUCUCAUGAGAUCUCACUUCUCGAUCUUAAUAACUCUUGUGCUAAAGAUGUCAAGUUAGAUACACCACACCAGUUGACUGAAGGAACUCAUAUUAAUGGCAAGAAUUUACAACUACAACAGAUUAUUAGUCCUUGCUCGGUGAUUGUCACUCCGCUAUCAGACGCUUGCCUUAGUCAGUAUUCAAACUCUUCAGUCUCGUCUUAUAAAUCUGUCCAGAGCGACAUAAAGGACAACAAAGAUGAAGAUGAUGAUAGGGUACCUGAUACAAGUAGCUGCAUUUCAGUAUCAUCUGAUGAUGAAGACAUUCAAGAGGUUGAUGAGGAGAGGAAUGGUGGGAUGAGAGAUGUGACGUCAAGUCUUGUAGCUCAAGAACAGGAACCAGUUGAUGAAGACAUUGAAGACGUUGAUCAGGAGAAGAGGAAUGGUUGGAUGAGAGAUGUGACGUCAAGUCUUGUAGCUCAAGAACUGGAACCAGUUGAUAAUGACAGAAUUCAAGAUGUUUGUUCAGAGAGUAGAAUGGAGUCAAACGGUUACAAACUUGCUCAUAGUUUCAAGGAAGUUUUAACACCAGUGAAGAGCCGAUCCACAGGUUGUCUGAUCACCGCCAGAGAGAAGAUCCUACAGCAAUGUAACCAAGAAGCCCCUAUAUCAUUCAAUCAGUGUAUUACUACGGCUAUGAUGAAGAGUUGUCUUAAGAUUGGUGAAGGGGUGUAUGGAGAGGUGUAUCGUACCAUCAAUGCCAAGAAUAAGAAAGUUGCUCUUAAGAUCAUUCCAAUCGAAGGAGACUUUGAAGUCAACAGUGAACCACAGAAGUCUUUUGAGGAGAUUCUUCCUGAGAUUGUCAUAUCAAGGGAGUUGAGUGGUUUACAGGAACGAGGUAUUAAUUCUACAGGUGGAUUUAUUCAAGUCAAUAGUGUAUCAUGUGUUCAAGGAAGCUACCCUGAUAGACUACUCACUCUAUGGGAUGAAUACAAGGCAAGAAAAGCAUCAGAAAAUGACAGACCAGAUGUAUUUGGCGAUGGUCAGCUGUUCAUUGUGUUUGAGUUUGCUGAUGGAGGUGCUGAUCUGGAAAGUAAGACGCUUGAGACUAUCCAUCAAGCUGUUAGUAUUCUACAGCAGGUAGCCUCAUCUUUAGCUGUAGCAGAGCAGGCAUUGGAGUUUGAACAUCGAGAUCUCCAUUGGGGGAAUAUCCUUAUCUUACCUACAUCUAAGAAGACAAUAAGGUUUCAUCUUAAUGGAGAUGAGAUUAAGAUUGAAGCUCAUGGAGUACAGGUUGGAAUGAUUGACUUCACUCUGUCUCGACUCAGAAAAGAUGAUUGCACAGUGUAUUGUGAUUUAUCAAGUGAUGAAACAUUGUUUACUGGACGGGGUGAUCUUCAGUUUGAAGUCUAUCGGAGAAUGAAAGAUGAAAAUGAUAAUGAUUGGGAGCCCUACAACCCUCACACCAAUGUUCUCUGGCUACACUACCUAGUGGACAAGCUUCUGAAUAGUAAAGCGUACUCAAGAGCUAAAUCAGACCCAACUCAGAGAUCCUUAAUGAGGGAGCUACGUAGCCUUGGGCGACACCUUCUUGGAUUUAUGUCAACUGAAGAUGUGAUUAAGGAAAGUGAGCUGUUAGAACUAGGUCAACGUUGAUCCAAGAAACAGGCAAGAUGAAAUAGUUCAGGUCUUAAAGAAACUGGAUAUGCUUGGUAAUUACUCAAAUUAUAUAUAAGCAUAAAAAGUUACUUGGUAAUGAGCAAAGAAGAGC